CAUCACAAUUCCCACAAUCGCAUUCACAGUCACAGUCACAGUCACACUCUUUUAUCUCUUUAGUGAUUCUUGGUCUAUUUCUGUAUCCCUUUAUUCCUGUUGAGAUAAAGUAGAAUAGUGACCAAAUGGCUUUCAAACUCACAUGUGGUCUUAUCAUGGCUUUGUUGUCAUCAGUAACCCGCUCAACGGUCCCAGGAGUGGUGCCAGUAGGAGGGGGGAUCUUUGAAACUGGAAAUGCUGAAAUGAGUCGGGAUGUGCUGUAUCCCUGUCAGGGCGAUGCCUACACAUGGAAUAGUGUAAUUGGUGCCAUUGUCCAAGGGGGAGGGAGUCUCAUUAAAAGAAGCCCUGAAGGAGAGAAAGCCAUGCAGGCCGCUCGUGAUAAGGCUCCGGGACCUGAGAAAUCAAAUGAAUACAUCAAGAAGAAGCUUCAAUGGCAAUCUGAGCUCCCAGCUGAGAGUGAGGCCGGGAAUUUCUGGGAGGAGAAAGUCUACAUGAACAGAGGGAGGGUUGCCUUGAUCAAGAACGAGUAUCCCUAUGGAUUGCCACCGCCAGUGGACCAUUGGAUGUUGUGGAUACGAACAUGUCCCUUUACAGAGGUGGCAUUUGAGCCCUUGUCCCAUGAAACCUUACCAAACCCAGACUUUUUGAGGUCAAUAAGGAGGAAAGCCCUGUUGAGAUACCUCAACUACUAUGACUUUUACGGAUACUCUGGAAUUUCUGAAGAUGUAAUCAAUAGAUUCCGACUUUCUGGAUUCUAUCAUCCCACUGAAGAUACGGUGUGGAAGGACCCCGAGUCAAGUGAGGUGGUCACACGCCUGGAGGGCAUUGAGGCCAUGCGCUGGCUUGGAAGGCAUGUCCUCAAAGUGAUCCACGUUAAAUUCAGCCCGGAAAAGUAUGAAAUCCUUUUCAAUAGGUCUACAGAUCGUUGGAAAAGCGUUGUUGAUCCUGACCAUUUCCAUGUAAUUGUCAAGCCCAAAUCCACUUCAUGAUAUGUUCAUAGAAAAAGGUUAUACUCUUCUAUGGUGGAUCCAAAGUCCAAUUUUCUUUUUCUUUAGAAAUUACAAAAACUAUAACAAAAAGCCAACAAAAAAUGAAGCAAUAUCUGAAGAGAACAUAUGAGUAAAACUCUGUU